CUGCAGGGAUGCUCUGGGUGUCAGCGCUGCGGGGAUGCUCUGGGUGUCAGCUCUCCGGGGAUGCUCUGGGUGUCAGCUCUCCGGGGAUGCUCUGGGUGUCAGCUCUCCGGGGAUGCUCUGGGUGUCAGCUCUCCGGGGAUGCUCUGGGUGUCAGCUCUCCGGUUGCCUUGGCUUCUUCUGGGGUGGGUUUCUGUGGGUCGCGCUGUGGCUGUAGCUGUGCACUGAGGGCUGGGAGCAGGGCGCAGGCAGCCGUGAGGCACGCACAGCGCUGGCCGCAUGGCUUGCUUCCCGGAAAGUCUGGCUGUGUGGCUGUGCACGGGGCCUUUGAGCCGGCAGUGACCACAGAGAGGAGCUUGGGUGCUGUUUGACCAGCGCCCCGCACCUUCUGCAUCCUCCCGGGAAGCGCUUACUUGUGUCUCAGGAGGCAAGCAAGGGACUGUUAUUUCUGUAAACCUUCUAUAGCUUAAUUGCUUGUCAUCUCAUUAAGUGACCAGAAAAGGGUUGCCCUUCUUUGUGGGUUAUUAUGACUCUGAAUAAGCUGGGAAGUCGUUUGCUACAGUGUGGGGAAGGAUCCUGGAAGCCUCUGAUGUGCUUCACUAUGAAAAGGCAUCAAUUUGCGAUGGGAAUCUGGUAAUGGGAUCCCCAGCGCCUGAUCCGGGCAGCUCAAAUCCUGGUUGGAUGGCAGAUCAGCCUCCAUGAAUCAGGCACGGGUGUCAUCCGUAAUUCACAGCUUCCUCUGCCCCAUGCUGGUGUGGUGUCCGUGAGGUUUCCAUAGAGGAUGUCCUCUGGAGCUGAAAUGCCUUCCUCGCUGCGAGGCCUUCAGGGACUCAUCUGUGCUUUUAAAUGAUGCUGAUUUUCCGUGAGGUCCCUCUUAUUCUGCCUCACCGGUUUAGUUUUGUGUCCUUCCCACCCAAGUUUGGGUCUCGUGUAGAAAUAUUUAUGAUCGGAGUUUACGCAGUGUUGUAUAAAUAGUAGAAGUUAGUAAAUAAAUAGUAAACGUUUGUAAACCGAGCCUUUUCUGGCCCUCCUGAGCAGGAGGAGCAGAUUUCUGCCUGUGGUGGAGCUGGAGAUAUGCUGCGUUUAUCCCUAUCCUAUGGAAAAACGCAGCUCUUGGUGGCUGCAAGGAAGGAGGCAGCUCGUGUGCUGCUGGCAGUGGGGUACGAGGGGACAGGGAGCGGGCAGGGAGGAGCGCGGUCUGGAGCGCAGGCUCUGGAGCUGUUUACAGCCUCCUCUGCCCGAAGGGUUUUGCAUAUCCGAGUGCAAUCCGAGGUCAGCUCGCACAGAAGAGUUGAGCUCGUUUGCGGGCUUCCAGCUGAGCCCGUAUUAAUUAGGGAUGGCAAGGGGGAUGCAGGGAGUCCCAGGAGGCUGGAAGGGUCCAGCACUGCAGCCCUGUGGUGCUGUGGUCCCAUCCCUGGUGCCUGCAGCCACCUCGACUCCUGCCCGUCCCUCUCAUCAGCAGAAGUCUCUGGACUUUCAUUAGCAGCGGGAGGAAGAAAUCAUUUAUGAGGCCUGGCUGGAACGUGUCGGGAUGGUUGGAGGCAUAUGGGAAUCUGCUUCCUCCCACCUGCAAAGAGAACCCCGCAAAAAAGCAGUAAAAUGCAAAGUGCACGCAUAACCCCUGCGUCAAGGCAGAUGUGUUGCUUUAAACCUGUCUCUCGUACUGAAGCAGCACCAUUUCCCUCCUAGAAAAGCCCCGAUACCCAUCUCCGAGAUGCUGGUGAUCAACCCCGAGAUCCUGGCAACAGGUUGUCUUGUUUUCUGCCACCUCCACCUCUGCAGCUGCACCACAGCUCUUGCACAACACUCGUCUCUCGGGGCCCCCGCUGCGCUGCAGCUCUUCAGCUCAAAAAUAGUAUUUCCUCCUUUUCUGCAUGAGAUCUUUUAUUUGUGCAGCCUCCCCUUCUGGCACCUGCGCGAGUCGUCCCUCUCGUACCGGACAAACCGCACUGGGUUCAUCUCGCAUCCUUUCGCUGCCGGCUGCCUCCGUCCCUGCCUGCCCACGCUGAGCCGUGGCGAGGGGGCUCUGCCCGAUGGAGGGGUGCACCCUGCCCGCCUGAGGCUCUUGGCGCUGCUCUGGUGCAGAGACCUCGUCCGCUGCGACAGCCCCAUGGCAGGGACGCAGCGGGGCUCCCCUCGGCGUGGCUCUGCCCCGUGGGUGGGAGCUGCUGCCAGACUAAAGUGGUGGCAAUCUUCACCCACUCCCGCUGACUCAAAGCGGUCACGACUCCUGCAGGGUGACUGAAAGCGAUGCUCGGGCUCCGCUGCCUCUUGUGCCCACGGGGGACACGAGCAAAGCCCAGUUCCAGGCACCACAGCUACGCUUUUCUCUGGUCAGACUGCUCAUGCGCUGCGCCCGGGCUGUGGCAGCUCUGACUUGGCGUUUCUCCCUUCUUCUGCAGAGGGAUUUGUGCUGUGGCUGCCUGGGACAGCCCAGCUCUGCUCCUCUGCAGCUCUGUGGCCACAGUGAGCUCAGAGGUGACCUCCUGGCUCGCCUCCGGAUGACACCGGGGAGGGUCCGUGCCCGCCGCAAACCUGGUGAAGGCUUGGCCCCACGCGAUGGGUCAUCGUUUUCCCUGCUGACUCGGCAUCCUGGCUGCACAGAUUUUCUGCUGGAGUUGCAGAUUGUUUCCCAUUUCCUGGGAGUGUGCUCAGGCUCUCUCUAGCACGCAGUCUGCCUCGGGAUUAGUUUUUAUUAUGGUUCCCAGAGACCUGGUGGCUCGCGUCAAACCCUUUGUGGCUACUCCGUGUCCUCUCGGUGGGCUGAGCUGUGGCACGGGGCUGCUCCGUGCUACGGAGCAUGGUGGGAUGCGACCGCCACUGUGGCAGGGGCAGUUUGGGGCUCAGGGCUGUCACUUGGCAUCACUUUGUCCCUGCCUGGGGCCAUCCCGGUGACCGUGGUGCUGCCCUGUGCCACCCGUGGUCUUGCAGCGUGGCCAGCAUGCUCCCUGGACCUGGCGGGGUUGGCGGCUCUCGGGGCUCAUGAGCGAUGCACACCUCUGCGGGGAGGAACACGUUUAUGCAAACGCCUAAUUUUUCGGGGAGGGGAGGCAGUUAACGUGCUCGUUCGGGUCAGCCCUGGCAAGUUGUCCCUUCCCUUUCCCUCUUGGCAUCCUUGCACUGCAAGCUCCGGUGGGCACUGAACAGCCGCGCUGGCAUCCCCGCACGCCUGGCACCGGUGGGUUGAGGUGGCCCCGGGGAGUUUGGGCUGUGGGAACAGAGCACCCACCUCUUCUUGCCCAUUCCUCCUCCACAGGGUGAUGCAAGAAGGAGCCCGGCAUGCCGUACGUGGAUCGACAGAACCGUAUCUGCGGGUUCCUGGACAUUGAGGAAAAUGAGACCUGUGGCAAGUUUCUGCGGCGGUAUUUCAUCCUGGACACCCAGGCCAACUGCCUCCUGUGGUACAUGGACAACCCCCAGAACCUGGCUAUCGGCGCGGGUGCCGUUGGAUCUUUGCAGCUGACCUACAUCUCCAAGGUCAGCAUCGCCACCCCGAAACAGAAGCCGAAAACUCCAUUCUGCUUUGUUAUCAAUGCUUUAUCUCAGCGCUAUUUCCUACAAGCCAGUGACCAGAAGGACUUGCAGGACUGGGUGGAGGCGCUGAACCGGGCCAGUAAGAUCACGGUGCCGAAGGGCAGCAGUGUCCCACCGGCCACCGAGGUCGCGAAGCCUCCCGUGGUGCCCCAGACCCAGGAGAGGAAGCCCCAGGUGGCCUAUAAAACCGAGAUCAUCGGGGGGGUGGUGGUCCACACGCCCAUCUCCAUAAACCAGAACGGUGGGGAUGGAGGAGAGGGCAGCGACGUGGCCGUCCACCCGCUGCUGCGGCGCUCACAGAGCUACAUCCCCACCUCUGCUGCCAAGCCGCCCGCCGGGCCGCCCGUCCUCAAGAGCGGCUACUGCGUGAAGCAGGGCAACGUGAGAAAGAGCUGGAAGCGGCGAUACUUUGUCCUGGAUGAAUUUUCCAUCAGUUACUACAAGUGCGAGCAGGACAAGGAGCCCUUGCGUUCGAUUCUCCUGAAGGACAUCUGCAAGACCCACGAGUGCCUGGUCAAGUCUGGUGACCUCCUGAUGCGGGACAACCUCUUUGAGAUCGUAACGAGUUCCAGGACCUUCUACAUCCAGGCUGACAGCCCCGAGGACAUGCACAGCUGGAUCCGAGUGAUCUCGGGAGCAGUCCAGGCUCUGAAAACUCGCCCCAGGGAAAUCUCCUUCAUGAGAUCCAGCUCCCUGGUCAAGGCCGGGGCCCCCUCGGCCCCUUCCCCGCAGAGGCAGGCGGCCGGGGAGAGGCGAGCACUGAGCAAAGCCCCCUCCACCUCCUCCUGGCAGCCCUGGACGCCGGUGCCGCGAGCGGAGGGGAAGCAGCCGGUGCCGGAGGAGACGCCCGUGCCGCUGAGAGACUCGGUGUUCCUGCCGGCCUUCAUGGAGCACAACGCCGGAGCCGCGCCGGGCAAGCGUGUGCGGCACAAGUCGGAGCCGCAGCACCUCAAGGAGAAGCCGUUCCCCUUUGACUUGGACGAUGAAAGCAUCCGGACCUCCGAUGUCUGACCAGGCACCAAGCCUGUAGGAUGCGCAGCCACGCCAUGCCCGGGACGGCUGCUCUCCCGCAUCCACUCCAUGCCUCGGACUGAACUCAUUCCAUCGUCUCCACAUGGGGGAAGUGGCCCUUUCCCUCCACCGCUGCUCUCUCCUGUGAUCCAGUAUCCAUCUGGAGCUGCGUCCCGGUGCCCUGCUCCGCUGGGAGCGGGGUCCCUGCCUGGGCUUUGCCCUGCGUGGCUCCGUGGUUCAGACGCUGCCCGUGGGUACCUCAUCCUGCCAUCGAGCGGGAGGCGCCGUUCCCUGGCACAGCCUGGUGUGGGGGCAUCCUCCUCUGCAACAGCAUCCUUUUCCCCCCAAACCAAUCCUGGAGGAACCAUCAUGAGGUCUCAGAUGUGUGAAGGGGAGAGUGGCCUUUCUUGUGUUUGGAAAAAACACUUUUCUCCUCUUCCAGAGCCAGGGAGAUGCCAGCACGACAGCUUCCCACUUUGACUUCUUCCCUAGGAGACCAUCUCUUUACGCUGCCCGACCGGUGCCAUAUCAACAAAUCUGUGGGCUUUUAAUUACCUUUAUUUUACGCCUAUGGACACUGUUAAAGCCCCGAGUCCCUGCUCUGCCCUCCUGAAAGGCUUAGUGGAGCUUUUGGAGCGCGAGGUGGUGGCUCCCAGGCACGAGAGCAUCCUCAGGUACGGUGCUGGAUUUGCACUGUGAACAUCUGGACACCGGGAAGCCGCACCCAGGUGGUAAAGUGCUUUUAGCACAAAGCAAGGAACGCCGAGUGUGUAAAUGCAACUGGGAAGACUCAUCCAGCCAACCCGCCCGCUGCCUGCCUCAAAACGGGGAUAAGCAGAAGCUUUGAGUGCAAAGUCAACUCGUCAUUUCCACAACCAAACCAGCUCCUGUAGGAGGUGAUGAAUAGCCUGUAGAAAGCUCAGGUAUUCCCUAGGCAGCAGCACGUCUGAUGUCUUCACCCCGGGAUGCGUGUGUAAUCCUUGGACACCUCUCCAUCCUUGCUGCCAGCAGCAGGUUCUGCCCAUGCGGCUUCACGAGAGCGAUGUUGAGCCUGUCCAGGUGUGGGUGCUGCCUCACCCUUCUGCUGAGGGCUCUCACAGUGGCCUCGCCCAGACCCAAAGUCCCAGAGCAUUAAUGGCCCGUGGCGUGGUCGGAGUGAACAAGGCUUUCUGCUGUUGUGGACUGGUUACCUGCUCUUUGGUUUUCUUUUUUUCUUCCUUUUAUUUUUCUUUCUUUUUUUUUGGCAUUAUGUGUUCUCUGCUCUGUAAACUUGGCUCAAUGUGCUCCCCUGGAACCAAAACAUCUGGUUUAUCCCUGCCCUUUCCAAGUCUCCGGCUGUUUGACAGCUGGCUCAGGCUCAGCCUAGGAUGGAGUGGAGCUUCAUCAGUUGAGCUCCGGGACGUUGAUGAGCCCCGUGGAUGUUAAUGGGAUUAAAUCUCAUCUCCCCACAUCAAUGCUGCUCCCCUGAAGGUGUCCUAAUGCCGCCGGGGGGUGACAGCACCUCCCAAACUGGGGUGAGGGUGGCUCAGAGAGGGGUGUGCGGAGCUGCUGGAGAACAAAACUAUGAAAAUGAGUGGGAAUCAAUGCAAACGGUACAGUGUGAGUGUUAAUAUUUGUUAUUUAAUUGUAGGAACCUAGACCAGGCUCUUCCCUUUUCUUCUCCUUUUUGCUUUAUUUGCACUCGUGUGUUUUAAAACCUGGGGUUUUUUUUAGGCUGCCUUUGCUGUUUGGCUCCUAACAGGGUGCUUCAAGGCUGCUUUAAUAGCUCGGUGAGCCUGUCGCUGGCAGUCAGUGCAUUUGGUGAUAGCGCCCUGACCUCAUUUCUGGAAAACGGGGAAUGCAGAAGGACGAGGGCUGCUCUGCGCGAGGCUUCGAGACCGCGGAGCAUCAGGGUUUGUGUUGCUUGGUGAUUGCAAAGUUUCCUCGGGCCUGGGAUGGUGCAGCAGGAGCUGUUGCACAAUGAGGGUUAAUUAUCUGGGAGAAGCCGCUGCCAGUGGCUCCAGUGCUGUUGCAACAUUCCUGUUUCUCAUUCCUGCCCUCCCCACAUCGCCAGGACAGUGUGGAGGCUGAAUGUGAGGCUGAAGCAAGCGUGGCCAAAGUCCUGCCGGGCUCCAGCCCCUUUGCAAUGUGGGUGGUGGUGAGGGAGGAAUUUUUCUCACAUGCCCAAGGACCAGGCGGAUCAGCCAGACCUGGAGGCAGCUUUGCAGCAAUUUUGAAAGCAGCCAGGUGUCCCCUGCCUCCUGGCUCAACUGCCUGGGGAGGAACGCAUGGCCGCUCAGAACGAAGGGUGUGCCGUGGGUUCCCCCGGGAUGUGCACAGGUUCCAGGUGUCUCUUGCGGAAAGAGUGGUGUGAGGGAUGCGUUUGCUUUUUCCUGUGGAAGCUCCCAUGCAGUUCCAGCCGUUUCUGGCUAUGGAUUUCAAGUGCUCUUAGGGCUGGGGUGCCUGCGCGGGAGAUGCUCCAUGGCUCCCGUGGUGCCAGUUACCCAGCUCCCCCCCACCUUCACCUGGAGAUGGACACCCCCCCCCUUUUUUUCCCUGUGUUUUUAAAU